UGUGUAGAUGGGUGUGAGAGAAAAAUCUAUUGAAUCCAUUUUCAAUUCAGACUGUAACACAACAACAUGUGAACGUCAAGGGGUAGGGAGGAUGGUUCGUAAUAAUGGCUGGAACGGAGUCAAUGGAAUAGCAUCAAACACAUGGACACCAUGUGUUUAAUGUUUUUGAUACUAUCCCACCUAUUCCACGCCAGCCAUUACCACGAGCCCGUCCUCCCCAAUGAAGGUGCCACCAACCUCCUUUGCUGAACCCCAACAGUAUGUUACACACGUGUACGUGUGUAUGGCUAUACCUGCCGUGUCCGAUAGGCGGUGCUUUAGGGUUAUUAUGGUAAUAGGAGCGGGGCUGGAGGGAGAUGAGUAGUGACGUCAGCACCCAGGUCGCCAGUACAGUGAAACAAACAUGGCGACAGAAUGGAGCGGGCAGCAAGGCUACGUUCUGACUCUAAUCGUUUUCUUUUGGAGUGCAGUGGGGGGACGCACCGAGACAGCCACUUCGAGUGUCCGCAGUAGCGGGAGCCAGGUGCUCGGUAUGCGGCUGGAGAGGAGCGACAAACCGGCCUCGACCACUGACGAUGGGGUCAUCCAAUUAACGGAGGAGAGCACAGUGCAGCUCCGGUUCUACGGAGUGCAGCUCAACUCGGGCACCUGGGCUCAGAUACGCUUCACAGAACGAGGGGAUGGGAGCGAGGAUGGGGGAAACAAUAACAUUAUUGACGACACACCUAACAGCACUUGUGUUGAUUUCACAAAAGACUUCAGCAUCGCAAACUACAUGAACAUCAGUAGCCGGGGGACCACGGGGGUACUCAGCAUAAACAUUAAACCGCUUCGUAAGAGCGAGCCGCACAAGGAGUAUGGGCUGUGCAUCAGGAGUUUGGCUGAUGGCAGGUGGGCUCUGCUCGGGGAUAGCGACGGGAGACUGCGGGUGGUGGAGGGGGAAAAAACUCUCCUCCCCCUGUGGUUCCAGAUCAUCCUCAUUUGCUGUCUGUUGGUGCUGUCUGGCAUGUUCAGCGGGCUGAACCUGGGGCUCAUGGCUCUGGACCCCAUGGAGCUACGUAUAGUCCAGAGCUGUGGCUCAGAGAAGGAGAAGAAAUACGCCCGCAAAAUUGAGCCCAUCCGCAGCAAGGGGAACUACCUUCUCUGUUCUCUGUUGCUUGGUAACGUCCUGGUCAACACCACACUCACCAUCCUCCUGGAUGACCUGAUAGGCUCUGGGCUGGGCGCCGUGGUCGCCUCCACAGUGGGUAUUGUGAUUUUCGGUGAGAUAGUCCCCCAGGCGCUGUGUUCUCGCCACGGGCUGGCGGUGGGCGCCAACACCAUCCAGGUGACCAAGUUCUUCAUGUUGCUCACCUUCCCCCUCUCCUUCCCCGUCAGCAAGCUCCUAGACGUGCUCCUGGGCCAGGAGAUCGGCACUGUGUAUAACCGCGAGAAGCUGGUGGAGAUGCUCAGGGUGACAGAACCCUACAACGACCUGGUCAAAGAGGAGCUCAACAUGAUCCAAGGAGCGCUGGAACUCCGGAAUAAGACGGUGGAGAGCGUGAUGACUCCUCUGGCCCACUGCUUCAUGAUCCAGAACGACGCGGUCCUCGACUUCAACACCAUGUCAGAGAUCAUGGAGAGCGGCUACACACGUAUCCCCGUGUUCGACGACGAGCGCUCCAACAUCGUGGACAUCCUGUAUGUGAAGGACCUGGCGUUCGUGGACCCUGACGACUGCACCACCCUGAAGACCAUCACCAAGUUCUACAACCACCCGGUCCACUUUGUGUUCCACGACACACGGCUGGACUCCAUGCUGGAGGAGUUCAAGAAAGGUAAAUCUCACCUGGCCAUCGUUCAGAAAGUGAACAGCGAGGGGGAGGGGGAUCCCUUCUACGAGGUGCUGGGAUUGGUCACCUUGGAGGAUGUCAUCGAGGAGAUCAUCAAAUCAGAGAUCCUGGACGAGUCCGACCUUUAUACUGACAAUAGGAACAGAAAGAAGGUGGACCCUAACAAGAGAAUGCGUGACUUCUCUGCCUUUAAGCACACAGAGAACGAAUGCAGGGUGAAGAUCUCUCCUCAACUGAUGCUGGCUGCUCAUCGCUUCCUGGCUACAGAGGUGAGUCUGUUCAGUCCCAGUCAGGUCACUGAGAAGGUAUUACUGAGGAUUCUGAGGCACCCUGACGUCAUCCAGGAGAUCAAGUUCAACGACAGCGACAAGCGCUCUGCUCUGCACUACAUCUACCAGAGAGGCAAACCUGUCGACUUCUUCAUACUCAUUCUGCAGCUCCCAGGAGGUCACUGCUCUGCCUGGCUCUCCUGCACACCUCCCAGGAGGUCACUGUUCUGCCUGGCUCUCCUGCACAGCUCCCAGGAGGUCACUGUUCUGCCUGGCUCUCCUGCACAGCUCCCAGGAGGUCACUGUUCUGCCUGGCUCUCCUGCACACCUCUCAGGAGGUCACUGCUCUGCCUGGCUCUCCUGCACAGCUCCCAGGAGGUCACUGUUCUGCCUGGCUCUCCUGCACACCUCCCAGGAGGUCACUGCUCUGCCUGGCUCUCCUGCACAGCUCCCAGGAGGUCACUGUUCUGCCUGGCUCUCCUGCACACCUCCCAGGAGGUCACUGUUCUGCCUGGCUCUCCUGCACAGCUCCCAGGAGGUCACUGUUCUGCCUGGCUCUCCUGCACACCUCCCAGGAGGUCACUUCAGUCACUCCUCAAUCCUUUGAAGUGAUGCGAAGCCAGGACCCUUCACUUGUAACUAACCUCAACUAGAAACAAUGUUUACUCUCUCUCUUUCUGUCGUGGAGGAUAUGUUUGUUUUCAUCACACCAGAAGCUCCAUUCUCCCAUCUGUUAUUCAUCUGUGUUGCCUCUCUCAACGCUUUUUUUCCUACGGGGAAAACGAUAGCUAUACUAGGAGUAAAGUAAUACUUCUGCGAUUUUUGGAAAUGCUUACCCCCCCCUCAACAGGUAUGAUGGGAAGAAGAUCUGAGUUGUUAAUUGUUUAACCUGUAGCCAAGGCUUUAUAGCCUAUGUGGUUAAAUGGAGCUGGAAUUGGUUACAAUCUGCCACAAUAUCAAUGUUGCCAGCUAAUUUAUACGAAGCCACGUUGGACAAGACCUUCUGAAUGUGAACAUGAUGGAAGUUAGAGGUUGAGGUUAGAGGCCUAUAUUCAUUAUUUAAUAGAAAAAAAUGCACAGAUUUUACGUGACUAAAAUGUCUUUGACUAAAACUAGACUAAAAUUGUCCAGAGUUUUAGUCGACUGAUAAUAACUAAAACUAACGAAGGAUGAAAUGACUAAAAUGUGACUAAGACUAAAAGGUAUUUAAAGACUAAAAGGAAUAGCUGCCAAAAUGAACCCUGAGAGGGAUGUGUUGAGCCAGGGCACGUUGACAUUAAACCCUCAGUGUGAUGUGUUGAGCCAGGGCACAUUGACAUUAAACCCUCAGAGUGGGAUGUGUUGAGCCAGGGCACGUUGACAUUAAACCCUCAGUGGGAUGUGUUGAGCCAGGGCACGUUGACAUUAAACCCUCAUAGUGGGAUGUGUUGAGCCAGGGCACGUUGACAUUAAACCCUCAGAGUGGGAUGUGUUGAGCCAGGGCACGUUGACAUUAAACCCUCAGUGGGAUGUGUUGAGCCAGGGCACGUUGACAUUAAACCCUCAGAGUGGGAUGUGUUGAGCCAGGGCACGUUGACAUUAAACCCUCAGUGGGAUGUGUUGAGUCAGGGCACGUUGACAUUAAACCCUCAGUGGGAUGUGUUGAGUCAGGGCACGUUGACAUUAAACCCUCAGUGGGAUGUGUUGAGUCAGGGCACGUUGACAUUAAACCCUCAGUGGGAUGUGUUGAGCCAGGGCACGUUGGCAUUAAACCCUCAGUGGGAUGUGUUGAGCCAGGGCACGUUGACAUUAAACCCUCAGAGUGGGAUGUGUUGAGCCAGGGCACGUUGACAUUAAACCCUCAGUGGGAUGUGUUGAGCCAGGGCACGUUGACAU